GCGUGGUAUACAUGGCUAUUCUAAAACCCGUUGCUCAUUCAAAUUCACGUAAGAAAACAGCUUUGUAAGCGUCAUAAGUGUUAUCGGCGUUUAAGAAUGUGGUCGCACUAGUAUUCAUUCCGACGAGCUUCAGUUUGAUAUCCGCACGCUUUGUGAGUUGCUGAACCUGUGAUUAUUUGUCCACAUUAUUCUCGAUAUUUCUGCAAUGCACGAGACAAUUCGUUAUCAGUUGGACCGAGAUGGGUUUGCCGUGUUGGAAGAUUUUCUGCGACCAGCAGAAUGUGACGAGCUGGUUGCAGCAGGAAUUGAACUUACAAAACAAAUCCACGAUGGUACCCAUAGAUCCGUGUUUUCAGCGAAUUUGGAAAAUCCCGCAACAAAGGAUAAAUAUUUUCUCGAGAGCAGUGAUAAAAUAAGAUAUUUCUUUGAAACAAACGCUCUGGAUGAGAAAGGUGAACUGAAAGUGGACCCUAGUGUUUCCCUCAAUAAGGUCGGGCACGCUCUUCACCUCCUGCAUCCAAUCUUCAGAUGUUACACAUACAGCGAUAGGGUCAAGGCCGUCUGUCAACAACUAGGCUUCACAGAACCGGCAGUCGUACAAAGCAUGUACAUUUACAAAAAUCCCGGGAUCGGUGGAGAAGUGAAGCCACAUCAGGACAUCACAUACCUACAUACUGAUCCUGUCGCACCAAUUGGGUUUUGGAUUGCUUUACAAGAUGCUACAAUCCAAAAUGGUUGUCUCUGGAUUUCCCAGGGAUCUCAUAAAUCAGGUGUACAUAGAAGAAUGAAGAGAACACAAGAAGGGACCCUUGACUAUGACCGACCAGCUCCAAUAUACCCACAAUCCAGUUUCACUCCAGUACCUGUCAGUAAAGGCAGCUGCAUAUUACUGCACGGUAAUGUGGUCCACAAGAGCGCACACAACAGUUCAGAUAAGAGUCGGCACGCGUACACGUUUCAUAUUAUUGAGAGAAAGGACAACAACUUCUCACAAGAUAAUUGGCUUCAAGAGGGCAAGGAGGCACCGUUCGUAAAUAUUUACACAACUUCGCAGAUAGAAUAAUGAACGUACCAUUUUCGAAAUAAUACAUUUUGAUUCUAAUGGUUUUAAUUUCUAUUUGGGUUAAACGUAGAAAAAUAUCUAAGGACCUCUGCUUUGAAUCAUCAUAAUUUUUAUCCUUUAGAUACGACCGAUUAUAGUUUUGCUUUUAGCACAGUCCUCAGGAUGCUUUCCUUCACCAUUGGAGCAAGUGUGAAUUGCGCAUAUUAAAAAAAUAUGUUUUUAUAGCCGGUGUCUUAACGAACCUCCGCUGAUUUUAAUAAUGAACAAGCAAUGAGGAUUUAUUUACGCUUGUGAAAUGUAAGCAUUAUUUUUUAAUCAUCACCGUACAAAGCAUUACAUUCAAGCAAUACAUUAACGUCGUUUUUACCUUUUUCAUAAAAUACUAGCUUUGUGCGUCUGAAUCUUAAAGAAGCUAGUGAAAAGUCCACGUCUCGUAACUAUUACGAUGAAGUUUGGAAUAUGGAAGAGGGUUCGAGAAAGUUUUUCAAUCAUAAAGUAUUAGAGGUCGGUAAACGUUGUUCCAUAGUUGUGUAAAACGACGGUUUAGUGGGCGGUGUUAAACUUUUUUCGUGUAGUCCUAAUCAUUACCAAAAAAAAAAUUCCACAAAAACUACAAGAUAUCCAUCACUUUACUAUAAUAAAAACAACAAACAAGGCAAUCAGAAAUAUGAUUGAUUACAGAUAAAUAAAUUUUGCCUAGUAUUGGACAUUUUGAAUAUGGUUUAUUUCGUACCCUUUGGUUUUCUCUUAGUCAAUUAAAAUAUUGACAACGAAUUAUUUCCGCCAUUUGUAACAGGACCUUAUUACCGGAGUUAUAUCGCAUGAAUCGUAUUAAUGACUUUUACAAGUUUUCUUAUUAAACUUAACUCAUCCUAUAAUAAGUUUCCUUCGAUGCAACCUUUAGAUGCUCAUUCCUGGAAAACUGUGUUCGUUGAACCGAAUAUAGGAUUUGCGUCACAGAUUUUUAAUGGGAUGUGAGUCGCAUUUGCUCACUUGUUAUUUCUUGUAUGUACGCAAAUAACAUUUGUAUUUCAAUAAUACUCAGAGUGAUUUAUUAAAUUAUCUAUUGGUAUGAUAUUUUUUAGAUAUAAUCAUAUUUUAUAUCUAAAAACUGUUCAUGUCGGAUAUAAUAUCAAAUGUUUAGUUAACUAAUUCGUUUAUAAGGCAGCAAAAAUAAUUUAAUGGAUGACUCUGAGUCAGGAAUUAAGUUCUGGUUUAAUUCCGAUGGUAAUUUUGAUUUAUUAAUAUAUAUAUAUUUUUUAAUAUUUUUUUUUCAUUAUCUAUUGUGAGAGAAAUAACGAUAUAGAUUAAUCAUAAAAGUGUAAAUACCUGACUAUGAUCAGCUUGAUGUAAGCUAUUUUAUACCUUAAUUUUAAAAAUAUCAUACACGCGAAGCAACGCACUUGUGAUAUUUUUUAAUAAAGAUUAUUAUUUUCUCUA